UACGGGUGACAUCAUCACAUCAGGAUUAGAGCUGGGGGGCGGGAGCAUUAGUGUGGGUAGAGGGAGGAGGAGGGUAGAGGGGGAUUCAGCAGAGAUGAGCAGAAGUAGAUGGAAGAGAGAUCAAGAGUGAUCAUCAUGACACGAGCUGAAGGCGCAGGACGAGGAUUAUCUGUAUUCCAAAAUAUAGCUUGGGAUAUGAUUUGCAGACGAGACUGAAACGAUGACAGCAGGAUGGUGUUUGAUGUGUGAUGACCCUGACUCUCCUACAACCGUCCUCUCUGCAGGAGGAAACAGUUUCUCUCUCAGCCUCCAUUAGAAGCAUCAGUGAACAGCAAGACUCCUCCAGCAGCCCAGACCCUGGGCACUCUAGUGUCCCACCUGCAGAUGUAAACAAUGAUGACCCUCACUCUGCUCAGGCAGAUUUAAGGAGGAGUAGAAAAUAAAGAGGGACAUCUGAAGGCAACACAGGGAAGCUUUCAAAACGGCAAAGAGGAAGUCCUCCUAAUUACAGUAUCUAGCUGAAGCCUGUCCUCCCUGGCAGAGGAUGGGUACAGCAGAAGCCACCUUACGCAUGGACAGCAUGGAGGUUAAAGAUGAGUGGCAGGAUGAAGACUUCCCCAGGCCACUACCAGAGGAUGGAGAUGUUGAUUCUUCAUGUGGCCUCACUGACAACAGAACCAAUCCUCCCACCACUCUGAAUGUGGGCGAGUCCAUAGCCCAGCGUAAGCGGCGCACUCUGGUCGCCCCCGACAUGAACCUCUCCCUGGAUCAGAGCGAGGGGUCGGUGCUCUCUGAUGAGUGUCUGGAGACGCCUGACGACCUGGACAUCAAUGUAGAUGACAUGGAGACUCCCGAUGAAACCGACUCUCUGGAGUUUAUCAACAAUGGCAACGAGCUGGAGUGGGAAGAUGACACUCCUGUGGCCAACGCCAAGCGUCUUCCAGGUGAAAGUGAAGAGGAGAGAGACUCAUCUGGUCGUCUGUGGCGAACAGUGAUCAUCGGUGACCAGGAGCAGAGGAUUGACAUGCAGGUCAUCAGACCAUACCUGAGGGUUGUCACACAUGGAGGUUAUUAUGGCGAGGGUCUGAAUGCCAUCAUCGUGUUUGCAGCCUGCUAUCUUCCUGACAGUGGCUGUGAGGACUACACCUACAUCAUGGAGAAUCUCUUCCUGUACGUCGUGAGCAGCCUGGAGCUGCUGGUGGCAGAAGAUUACAUGAUUGUUUACCUGAACGGAGCGACUCCUCGCAGGAAGAUGCCCGGCAUCAGCUGGCUGAAGAGAUGCUACCAGAUGAUCGACAGGAAACUGAGGAAGAAUCUUAAGUGUCUCAUCAUUGCUCACCCAACGUGGUUUAUCCGGACCGUCCUGGCGAUAUCAAGACCUUUCAUCAGCGUGAAGUUCAUGGAUAAGAUCCGUUAUGUUCACACUCUGGAGGAGCUCAGCCAGAUCAUCCCCAUGGAGCAUGUGCAGAUCCCUGAGUGUGUGUCGCAGUAUGAUGAUGAGAAGCUACAAGCACAAAGGGAAAGACUUCAGCAAGAGAAGCAGCAGAGCAACUUAACACUGUCUAAAGAAAGGCCAAAGUCAAUGAUAGCAGAGGUUGGCCCUGACAUCUGACAUUAAGAGCUUUAAAUUGAAGAACCAAUGAGGGACAUUCAUUCAUUAAAAUGGAAGCCAGCCUCGACCACCAUCGACCACCUCACACGCUUGUUGACCAGGAUUAAAUCUACCGACUGGAUCCAUUAGCUGCAAGACAAUCCUUUCUCAAAUAAUAUAUUUUCAGUGACAUGCUUGCUUCUAACUAAAGGUUAAUAUACACCAAAGCAUUACAAGAUAUAGCUAAAUUAAAAAAUAUCUGCAUGUCAAGUUGAGUUUCAUCUACAGCAUGACUUCAGCUAUAUUUAAAGAAAAAUAAAAGACUUGGAUGAACACUCAAUCUUCUUCAGACAAGGAAUAUCGUCCGUUCCAAAGUGUACAUAUACUUUUAUAGAUAUUUUUGAGAAAGGGGUUUGCACAGAUAUUUGUUUUUUGAUAUGAGAGGCAUGGGUAUUGUUUUGAUUUCAUGGCCGUUUACUGAAAACUAAUGUGCAAUGAUGUUGUUCUUCUUAGGCCUACAGUAGAUGUUACUAAUGCAAACGUGUGUUACAGUCUUCAAGUUUUCCAGAGUUUGAUAUGCAGGUGGCAUGCUUGUUUAUACCAAUUCUGUCUCAUCUAUUUUUGUCAUUUCUCGUGUUUCAAAAGAUACUUUUACAAGAUGGAAAUCACACAUUAUUACAAAUGAAAUAUAUUUAAAGAGAGAGUCAAAUUAAUUGCUAAACGUGUUAU